AUGUCUUGCCACAACCACUGCCCUGGAAACUACAGCUCGGGAUCCCUCAGGAAUAUCUGCCAUAUUCCUGUCCCCUCCUCCAGUGCCCGCUGCUCUACCAACGUGAGCUGUGGAGAUGCCAUCUGCCUACCUAGUACCUGCCAAGGCAGUUCCUGGCUCCUGGACAACUGCCAAGAGACCUGCAAUGAACCAACCAGCUGCCAGCCAGCCAACUGUGAGCCCUGCAACUCUUGCUGCCCUUCCACUGCUUACUAUGUGACCAGACCCUGCCAAGGAACCAGCUUUCUUCCCGUAUCUUCCUCCAUCUCCGGUGCUUACCUCCCAGUAUCGUGUAGACCUCUGGGCUGUGUGUCCAGUAGCUACCGUCCAUUGAGACCCCUGCUCUACAGCAGCCACCCCUUAGGCUGUGCACCUGUUGGCUAUCGACCGCUGGACUGUCUGUCCAACGGCCACCGACCCCUGAGCCUCCUCACUUAUGGAUGCCGACCCUUGGGUGGUUUGACCGGUGGCUCUCAACCACUUAGUGUUCUGCCCAGCAGCCUCAGACCCCUGCGGCCUCUCUGCAGUGGUUGCCAACCUCUGGCCCAUGUUUUCAGUACUUGCCGUCCAUCUUGCUCUGCACUGGGGUACUAG